AGACAUUAAAACUCCUCCUCUGGGUCUCACGAUCCCGCAGCAAAACUAACCGGCGGUGCUUUCAAGUGCACAUCCCGCUGCCUCUUCCCAAGCUGCUGGUCAUCUUUGGUCUGGGGGAGUGGAAAUGCAGCCAGACAAGGAUCUCUGCAGAGGUUGUGGUCAGUGCAGAAGCUCAGAAAAUUGGAACUCUGUCCUCUCAAGUAAGGUGUCUGACCUGGGAGGGUGACUGGAGCUCUGAAAUUGCCACAGUGGCUGCAGAAAGAGGCAGGAGAGGAGUUUAUGGCAAGAUACUGCUCACAGUGUGUGGAGAGGAUAACACCAGUGUCUACAGCAGCACCCCUCUGCUUCAAAGGAAAUGUCUGUUUCCAGAGAAUCACAAUGAGACUGGCCAGUCCAGCACACUGCAGCAAAGCGAUCACAAUGAAACGAUAACUUCCCAGUCAUCGCAGCUGGCCGAUAGCGUUUGCUAUGCCGAGAUCCAAGUGAAUAAAAUCGACACCAGUGGCUCCACUGCAGGAAAGAAACCUCCACUCUGGCCCACGGAUAAGACCCCCAGACGUACCGUCAUUAGUAAGAGAGGCCGCCUGACGUGGAGCUCUGAGGACAUGGACAGUCUCACGGAGGACACAAACCAGGCUUCGACGCCCAAGAAAAGGAGGAUGUCCAGGAUGAACAACCAAGAAGAAAUGACUGUGCAGAUAAAGAACGAGAACAGAGAAGACAGUGACUUCUGGUUCCCGAUGAACUCCUGUGCCUCUGGUCCUCUCCCACCGUGUGCCCGAGGACACUCUGCCACCUACGACCCAGACUCUAAGGCGGUCUUUGUGUACGGAGGCCUGAGGGAGGGUCAGCGCUACAGCGAGCUGUACAUCCUGAACACUCUGACCUGGAAGUGGAAGCUUGUCACUGCAAAAGGGAAUGUUCCAAAUCUGGCAUAUCACUCUGCGGCUUUUUAUAAGACAGAGCUUUUUGUCUUUGGCGGUGUUCAGCCGAGUCACUCCUCUGGGGAUAAACCCUGCAGUAAUGCUCUGUAUAUCUUCAACCCGGAGUUUGAACUCUGGUACCAGCCCAUUGUGGAGGGGGACAAGCCUCUGCCUCGGUUUGGGCACUCAGCCACACUCCUCUCUCAGAAGUUGGUCAUAUUUGGUGGACGGAAGACUGCGGCCUACCUGAAUGAUCUCCACGUUUUAGAUCUGGGAUUCAUGGAGUACGCAGCUGUGAUGUGUGCGAACAUGCCACCACUGCCUCGAGGGUUUCAUGCAGCCCUUCCAGUUUCAGACAACAGGAUUUUAAUCAGUGGAGGCUGCAGUGCAAUCGGAGCUCUGCAGGAUCUUCAUAUCUUUAACACUGAUACCAACAUGUGGAGCUCAGUGGCAUCUCCACUGCUUUGCUCGAAGCCUCGUGCUGGACACAGCAUGUUAAAUUUGGGCUGCACCGUCCCAGCAGACACUGAGAAGCAGGAACGGAGUGAAAAUGUCAGUAUUCAGUGCACAUUGCUGGUGUUUGGUGGGUCGGACUGCUCCGGUGCAUUCUACAACGACACAGUCAAGUGCACAGUGGAGAUUCCUGGUGACAAGCGAUCCCAUUUAAACAACUGCAGAUGAUGUGAUCUGAUGGGACGGAAGAGUGCAUUUCUCUGAAGGAGUGUUUGUUUUUCUGAUGUUUUAUUGUGAUUUUUCUGUCCUUACUGCGAUUACUUUAUUGCAUGAGUCUUAAACAAUCAUUCAUACUUUCACCACACAUGCAACAUUGUGCAAACACUGAGCUCAGUGGUUUGGUGCUUUGCAUAGCAAAUCUCAGCUUGUUUUUACACAUGACUAUGUCACGUUGCCCAAAUGUCAGCAUGAAUUUGAGGGUCAAGUGCUGCACUCAGUAUUAAACAUGAUAUUUCAUUAACAAAAUGCUAAUAAAUAUUUUUAAUUCAAA